UCUCCCUCUACCUAAAAGAGGAAAACCGGGUUCCUUUUUGUUUUUACACAAUGGCGCUUCGUGUACCAAAGGCCUCUGGCCCUCAAUUGUUCCGUGAGGGAUACCGUGUCAUGCAAGGUGUUGAAGAUGCGGUUAUUCGUAAUUGCAACGCGAUUCGUGAAUUGUCAGAAAUCACUAGAACGUCCUUGGGUCCUAAUGGACGUAACAAAAUUGUUAUCAACCAUUUGAACAAAACCUUCUUGACCAACGAUGCUGCUACCAUCAUUCGUGAACUCGAGGUCGUUCACCCUGCUGCGAAGCUUGCCGUGAUGGCCAGUCAGCAACAAGAAAAUGAGCUCGGAGACGGCACAAAUUUGGUUAUUGUCUUCAUUGGCGAAUUGUUGGCUCGUGCUGAAAACUUGCUUCGCCUUGGCUUGCAUCCAUCUGAGAUUUCCAAGGGUUACGAGAUUGCCUGGAAAAACACCAGCGAAAUCAUUGAAAAGCUCGUUGUCCAAAAGGUUGAUAAGGUCGAAAGCAACGAUGACUUGGAGACCGCCAUUCGCAGCUGCAUCGCUUCGAAACAAUAUGGUCGCGAAGAUCUUUUGGCCAAACUUGUUGCUGAGGCUGUGUUGACGGUGAUGCCUAAGGAUCCCGCCAAGUUCAAUGUCGAUAACGUGCGCGUUGUAAAGAUUAUGGGCAACAAUCUUUCAUCAUCCCAAGUUGUCAAGGGAAUGGUUUUCCCUCGUGAACCCGAAGGUACUGUGAAAAAGGCCAGCAAGUCAAAGGUCGCCGUUUUCUCCUGUCCCAUUGACAUUUCACAAACCGAGACGAAGGGAACAGUUCUUCUUCACAACGCCAAGGAAAUGCUCGAUUUCUCAAAGGGUGAAGAGGAGUUGAUGGAGUCUCACAUCAAGGAAAUUCAUGAUGCUGGUGUUCGUGUUGUUGUCACGGGCGCCAAUGUCGGCGAACUUGCCUUGCAUUACUUGAACCGUUAUGACAUUCUUGUCAUCCGUAUCCCAAGCAAGUUCGAACUCCGUCGUUUGUGUCGCGUUGUUGGUGCUACGCCUUUGGCUCGUUUGGGUGUGCCCAUGCCUGAGGAGAUGGGUUCUAUCGACGUUGUGGAAACGCGCGAAAUUGGAGGAGACCGGGUAACGAUUUUCCGUCAAACGGACGAUGUUACACGGACAGCUACCAUCGUUCUUCGUGGUGCUACGCAAAACUUUUUGGAGGAUGUGGAGCGUUCCAUUGAUGAUGCUGUGAACGUGGUGAAGGCUCUCAUCAAGGACAACCGUCUUGUCCCCGGUGCAGGUGCUACGGAGAUGCAGUUAUGCUCACGGUUGCUUGCUUUGGGCGAGCGGACGCCUGGCAUAUACCAACACGCUAUUAAGCAAUAUGCUGAGGCUUUUGAAGUUGUUCCUAAGACCUUGUCGGAAAAUGCUGGUUUAGAGGCAACAGACAUUGUUAGCAAACUUUACGCUGCUCACCAAAACAAUGAAACGAGCACCAUUGGUGUUGACGUUGAUUGUGAGAAUGACGGAACUAUCGAUGUUCGCGAAGCCGGCAUCUUUGAUGUCUUGUCUGUCAAGGCCUCGGCUCUGAAGCUUGCUACAGAAACCGUGCUUACGGUACUUCGUGUCGACCAAGUCGUAAUGGCAAAGCCUGCCGGUGGUCCCAAGCCUCCUGGACCCAACCCUAACUGGGACGAGGACUAAAGAGUGAUGACACAUUUUUCGCGGUAGGACAUGAGUUACACACAGUGAUGCUUCAGUAAUGAAGAGUACCGCGGACGGUUACUCCAAAAAAUUUGACGCAGGAGAAUAGGUUCAAGAGAGAUAGAAUUCUAUACAAAAGGUCAUUUACGAUACAAAGCCAGAGACGUAUGGGUGUUUGGUAGUCAUUUAACACGAAAGCUUUUUUGGAGUGAAAGCGCGCGAGACGUUGCUGGGUUUUAAAUACUAGGA